UCCUCUGUCGCACCGGCUUCUCUCUUGUCCUUUAUUGCACGAGAAAUGUAUUGUCUAUAAAUUACAUGUUUUUCUAACUGUUGCUCCUGGGACACGGGGAUCAGCAGAUCGUUUUGUGCAGUCUUUCCUCAGGUCUUGCUUUGCUAAGAAGAUGCGCUCUCUGGACUCACUUCACUGAUGGUCGUGAGCGUCCAUCAUAGGCCCUACUCUCCGUCCGAUUACUGGAGCUAGUUCCUUAUAUGAAAAUGAAAUUUAGUUGCGGUUCACGGAGGUGUUUUUAAGCGUUAAGGUCGAGACUGCCAUUUGAAAAAAUGAAGAUUUGGAGCACGGAACAUGUUUUCAGUUACCCAUGGGAGACUGUGAUCAAGGCUGCCAUGAGGAAGUACCCUAAUCCCAUGAACCCUAACGUGGUCGGGGUGGACGUGCUGGACCGCAGUCUGGAUCAAAAGGGACGCCUGCACAGCCACAGACUCCUCAGCACAGAGUGGGGCCUCCCGGGCAUUGUGCGAGCGAUACUGGGAACCAGCCAUACGCAGACGUAUGUGAAGGAACAUUCCAUAGUAGACCCAGAGGAGAAAAAGAUGGAGCUGUGCUCAACAAAUAUCACUCUUACCAACCUGAUUUCAGUGGAUGAGAGACUCCUUUACACACCACACCCAGACAACCCUGACGUUACCGUCCUGACCCAGGAGGCUAUCAUUACAGUGAAGGGAGUGAGUCUAAGCAGUUACCUGGAGGGGAUGAUGGCUAGGAGAAUGUCAGCUAAUGCCAGAAAGGGUUGGGAUGCUAUUGAGUGGAUUAUUCAGAACUCUGAACAUACCUCUCUGUGACAUUCACUAACUCUGGAGUGCAGUUCUACAGUGACAACUACCUUCCCUGGCUACACCUCAUACACCACUGUGGAUUCUCAGCAUCUCGGGAUCCUCUGCAGUUGGUACUUAUAUCGUCUGGGAGGUUUUGUGGAUUUUCACCCCACACUGCCUCUCUCACCUCUGGAGCGCAUGCACUGAGAGCUCAGACACUGAAAUGCUGCCAAAGCUGAAUGGUUAUCAAAGCAUGUUAGCAUUGGAUUUAAGGGUUGUUGGUUAAAGUCUGGUAGGGGUAGCUCAAUGCUUCCUAAAGUACUCAAUAACCCAUUAACAACUAUUCUAAUUAAAGCAGGUGAGGAGAAAACAACAGUUUCCUUCCAUGUGUAAAACAACCUUUUCUGUUGAAUAAAAAGAAGGUUUAAAAUUAAAGGGUGCUGCUGUCAAGAGUUACAUCAACAUCAUGAGCCCACCAGACUUUACUGGUUGAAAUAUAGUAUUACUACCCUACAUUUCCUUUGCUCUCAUUUUAUAUCUUAGCAUACUGUGGAAGAGAUGCUGAAAAGGGAUGCAGGAGGAACACGCACACUAUUUUUUUAGGAAACAAUGUAAUGACAAUAUGCAACAAACUUCAUAACUUUGAUUUGAACAGAUGUAACUCUUCUGUAAUGUCAAACACUGGUGACUCCUAUAGCAGGAGUUCAAAUCAGAACGUUGUUAUUGGUGCUCAUUAUGUGUUUCAAGAGGCACAAACUGUAGAUAUGUUGCAUGAUUGUAGUAAAAACAAAUGGAGGAGGGGGGGUUUAUUGAAGAAAAUGAGUAGCGUGGUAGCUAGCUAGCUAGCCAUGUAGCUAGCUAUAAAAGUAGUAAUGCAGCUUUAGAUAGAUAGGAAUUCAAAGAAAUUCAAAUGUUUAUCUCAGAAAAAAAAGAUGGGAAUGUACUGUUAACAUUGCCUUCUUUUUCUGCAGUCAAGGCAACAUUACACUUGCACGUUUUUGAUGUAAAACUGACGGGCAAUAUUGCCUUAAACCAGCAGAUUUGUAUUUGGGUUAAUGAGGAAGACGAGGAUGACAUAUUUGUUUUUUGCUUUUGUGAUCAGUAUAGUACUCUCUUUGUGGGUAGCAUUACCUGUUUGUAUGGCCUUAAAAUUAUGUCUGUGUAUUAUUGCUUUGACAGCUGUAUCAUUCAUGCCUUUGCCAGUCACACACGUCAUGCUUUCAAAUGUUGAACUACUCUGUAAAAGCUACCUAUACAACCUGAGGAGCAGGUCAGUACUGUAUGUGCAAUGCUGCAGUGGGAGACGCACACACUUACAAUGACUUAUGUGCUAAAUCAUAAAGAAAAUACACAAUUUUGUAUACAUAUUAUUUAUUUUAAAAACAUUGUGUAAGCAUCAGUGAAUUACAUUGUUUAUACCGUCUGAGUAUCAUGCAAAAAUGAGUUACAUUUGCUUUUUUAAAUUUUGUUUUAACUUCCGUCUUUGUCCUACUGCAAUGAUUAAAACAA